UAAAAUUUUUAUUAUGAUCUACCCAUAAGGAUGUUGAAGUACCAUGGGUAUAUUGGUGAAAACAGCAACCAGGGAAUCCAGGAAAAAAUACUAAAGUGCUGAUUUCUCACUCCCUACUACUGUCACUGGCUAGAGGUAAGUAACUUUCAUAACCUCUUAUUCGUGGAACAUAUAUAUUGGAAGCUUAAAACUGAGAUAUUAUGGAACAAUGUUAUGUCUAGAAUUAAUAUAAGCCUUUGAAAAAUAAAUUAGACUAAUGCAAGUCAACUUUUUCGUUCGUUUCAAGUGUGUCACACAGUUUAAUAUCACUCCCUACAAAAAGUUCAAUAAUUAUUUUCAACUGACAGAGAAGGGAAAUUUUCAUGCAGUUUCAGUGCUAUUGGCAACCCUGAUCUAAUAUGGCGUCUGUAAGGUUUGUUUCACUUUUCUAGACCAUUCCAUGUGAGAUUUACUGAAGUCACUGGAAAGUCAAGUAAAUGCGUGGUUUUUUUGACCCUCACUACCUACUCUUGAUGCAUUUUCGUACUGGUUAGUCAUGAGUCCUCGAAGAAAACGGAGCCAGGCUGAGAUGAAGGCAUACUGGAAGGAAGCUGCAAAAAGAAGACGAGAAAGAAUAAAAAAUGAUCCGAUACUGCUAGAAAUAGAACGAGAAAAAGAAAGAAAAAAGUAUGCCACGAAGAAGAAGAAAGGUCAGGUAAAAUUAGUGAAGGACAUCACAAGCGUAAGGGAUCUGAAGGCUCAACGUAAGGCAUGGAGGGAGAGGGCUAAAAGAUCUUACGAGAGGAAAAAAACACAAGGGAAGGCAGUCAGCUUUUUGGCAAGUAACACUCCUCCUGAAAGUGACAACGAUGUCCAAGCUCCCAUACCAGACAACUUAGGCCUACUUCAAUCUCGACGGAAAUCUGGGAGAAAGAAAGUGAAGAAAAAUAGGGCUAAAGUAGCAAGAGACAACGUGAAACUUAAGAAAAAGAAUAAAGAAUUACAGAAACUAUCAAACAAAUGGCGUCAAAAGUUUUUUAGGUUAAAACAUCAAAUAAGUAAAAGCACUGACAAGAAUUCUCCGGGUAAGAUUGUGGCUCGGAUAAUGAAAUCUGGAGACAAGAAAGAAGUUAGGAGACGUCUACUUUUCGGUGAAAUCUGUAAACGCCAGCUACAUGAAAGUUUCAAUGGACUUCUUUUGAAAAAAGAAAAAAGAAAAUUUGGACAAAUUGUAUGCGGGAACACCAAAACUUUUAAAAAAUAUCGUCUUCUAUCAGGCUUGAGAUCUAUAUCAGAAAAAGUGUUUAGGAAAAAACGUGUUUUACUUACGAAUAAUUCCGUAAUGCGAACAAAAAUGUUGAAGAUAAGUGAUAAGGUUAAACAAGACGUGCAAACAUUUCUUGAGGAUGAUGAACAUUCAAAGUUAUGUCCCGGGAAAAAGGACUGUAUUACAAAGAAAAAGCCAAAACCCGUCAUGUUUGCAAAGAACUUGCACUAA